CUUGGGUAAAGUCCAAUGUCGCGUCCUUUGCUCCGCUAGGGAUUCCUUUGGCGUGGAGGGACGGCACCAAAUUUCUUCUCCCAUCUAGAGUCGCCAUUGAGCUUGGAUUCGCUACUGCAAUGUCCACGAUCACAGUGCCGCCGAUGCUUCCCCCCGUCCAGCAAGAUUGCCAGGCCUUGCAUCACGCUUUCAAAGGAUUUGGAUGCGAUGAGAAGCACGUCAUACAAAUUCUGGCGCACAGGAAUUACUUGCAGCGGAGAGAGCUGGUAAACGCUUACAGAAGCAUGUAUGGAGAGGAUCUCUUGCGAAGACUGGAGAAAGAGCUCCACGGGAAUCUCGAGCAAGCAGUGCUGCUGUGGAUGAUGGAGCCAGCUGAAAGGGACGCGGUGUUAAUCAGAGAUGCGAUGAAAGGACUGGGUACCAAAGAUAAGACGCUGAUCGAGAUCAUCUGCUCGAGAACUCCCUCGCAGCUCUACUACAUACGCCAGGCAUAUCAAACCAAGUAUCAUCGCUCCCUGGACAAAGACAUUCAAUCAGACACAAGUGGUGACUAUAGAAAGUUGCUCCUGGCCUUUGCGAGUGGACAGCGGCCAGAGGGGCCUCACGUAGACAUGCAUUUAGCUGACGCCGACGCGAGAGAGUUGUAUAGAGCUGGAGAAGGAAGGGUUGGCACAGACGAGUCGACUUUCAUUCGCGUUUUCUCGACGAGGAGUGCCGCGCAGCUCCACGCCGCAUUCGCAGCCUACAAACACCUGUACAAGCGCGACAUUGACAAAGCCAUAAAGCGAGAAACUUCCGGGGACUUUGAAGAUGCUCUCAGGCUGAUCGUUAAGUCCGCAACAAGGCCUGGACGAUACUUCGCCAAGGUUUUGUAUGACUCGAUGAAACGUAUGGGAACCGACGAUUCGACGCUGAUUAGAGUGGUCGUCACCAGGGCCGAGCAGGAUAUGCAGUACAUCAAGGCGGAUUUCUACCAAAAGUACAAGAAGCCAUUAGAAUCAAUGAUCUCGGGUGACACUUCUGGAAACUACAAACACUUCUUGCUCAGCCUCGUCGGGGGGCACUGACGGGUCAAUAGCCUGUAAAUACGGCGCGUGAAUUGGAUUUUUUUUUCUUCUAGAAAGACUAAAACUUAGGAAGAGUACCUCAAAAAAAUCGUAGAAAUUAUCCUCAGAGAGAACACAGCCAAGAUUCUCGGUCACCAGACGCUGUAAAAUCUGUUUCCGAGAAGCUGGUGCUCGAGAGGCGUGAGACACGCUGAUGUAAGUUUCCAGAUUGUGUAUAGUACCAUCUACAACACAACAUUGUUGUUA